AAUGUAUAUGGUGAAGUGAAUCAUAAAAUUAUGAUGAAUAAAAUGAUAUGGAGUAUGGUAUUGGUAAUGAUAUUAUUAUAUGGUUUGGAGAUAAAAAUAGUAAAGGGAGAGGUGAGUGAAUCAGUUUGUAGAGAAGAAAGGAAUCUUGGUAAAAAAGCAUGUCUGUCUGUAUUGUUUGGAAGUAAUCCAUCGGCAAAAUGCUGUGAAAGAGCUAGAGUUACUCAUUGGGAAUGUCUUUGCCCAAUUGUUACUCCCAAAUUGGUCGCCAUGAUCAACUCAAAGCGAAUUAUUCGCCUUAUUCAAGGCUGCGGACGCACCGUUCCUCGUAAUUUUAAGUGCGGAAGUAUUACAACUCCACCUUAAUUCUGGGAUGCAUGUUUAAUUAAUUAUUAUGGUAUUAGUACUAUUGUUCUGCAUAAUUAUGGUAUUCAUUAUUAGUAAUAUAACUAAGAGAAACAUGUUUCUACUUUUUUUUUAUGGACCAU